AUGCUUUUUCACCUCCUGAUGUGAGAUUAGUGUCAAAUGUUGCUUUUCCUGUUUAGGUUAUCACAGAAUUAUUCCUGGGUUUUGCUUCACUUUUUGUUCUGUUCUUGUUUCAGCUUCUUGCUUUUGCUCUGGGAUUUACAGGGUUUGGUGAUUCGGAAUUUUUUUAAAUAGAUAGCAAGAUAUACAAAAAUGUGCCCAAAAACCCGUACAUGCAGAUGGUUCUCGGUCAUCUGUCCGAUGUCAAGGGCAACUCUACCUCGAGUUCGCUUUCGAUUUAAGCAGUAGCUGGAUCUUUUCCAUUCCCGAGGUUAUUGUCGUAGAAACAAGAUGGGAUCGAAGAUCUUACCUAGAACGUCAAAAUAGUUUAGCAGCUAAGAUAGCUGAUGUCCUUCCAUAUCAAUGCCAACUUGAGCGGUAUUCUGGUAGUGGGCAAUUAGCCAUUCCCGGACUUGCUGCUUGAUAUAUUUUCCACUUGCAGUAGCUUUCGCCUUUUCAAUUCUGAUCGAAAUCUAAUUGCGUCGCAGUAUUUUUGUGUCAAGGAAUUAUUCAGAGUUCUCCAAACUCAAAAGUAGGUUAGUGAUAUCAUCUUAAGUCGUUGGGUUUUCUAAUUAACAAGAAGUCAAAGUAGGAGUUGCCUUGUGUUUACUACUUCAUGAAAUGAAGCUAUAAAUAGAGGAGAUCUCUGAUAAUUUGUGAUCAUGUCAAGCCUUCUGUUAUGGAGCGAGUGGAGGAGCUUCAAGCAAAUCUUGCUGCGGGAUUCCCUAGCUGUAUGAAGACAAUGGUUCGCUCAAAUGUUAGACAUGGAUUUUGGCUGCAUCUUCCUAUGCCAUUCUGCAAAUUGCAUAUGCCCAAGCAUGAUGCAACAGUAAUUUUGGAAGAUGAAAGUGGGGAAGAAUACAAAACAACCUAUAUUGCAGAAAGGACAGCAUUGAGUGCUGGAUGGAAAGCAUUCUCAGCUGGUCAUAAAUUAGUUGAGGGGGAUGUUCUAGUCUUCCAUUUGGUCAGUUCUUCAAAGUUUAAGGUUUACAUUGUCAGAGCAUUCAAAUCAAACAAAGUAGAUGGCAGGUUUGGCUCACUAGAUGUGAAUGUUGAUGCAAAACCAAUUAGGUCAGUUCGCAUGAAGAGGAGAAAGAGAACCUCUAAGAGGGCCAAGUGUUUGGAGCUUCUUCCACUCAAUCAUGCACAAGACAAUGUUGAAAAUAACAGCCUGAUGGUAUUAGACACCAAGAAUGAGCGUUUAGUAGAUCAAUCUGAUAAUGACAGCAAGGAUCUUAGCGCUGGCCUUUUUGAUGGUAUCAGGUCUUUGGCAUCCAUUAUUGAUUUUAAUGAGGUCAAAAGCAUUGACAGUUUCGUCAUCACUGUGAAUGGUUCAGGAAUAGACUCCGAGCUUUCAGAGUACCAUAAAAUUAAAUACUAUGAACUCUGCUGCAGUCAGAACUCAUUUCUCCAUGAUCAUCUUCUCAAGAGUAUUAGCAGUAAAUUGGCAGCUGAAAUAAUUACUCAGACUGUUAACAUUGCAGAGGCUGUUAAAGGCUGCAAACUUUCCACCUUUCAAGCAGAUUAUUCACUCUGGGACAAGACUCUGAAAGGAUUUGAGCUGUUAGGCAUGAAUGUUGGCUUUCUUCGAGCUCGACUGAACCGGUUGAAGACCCUUGCCUUGGAAUUACAGGAGGCUGUGGAGUCAGAGAGGCAUAGAGUUAGUCUUGAGCAAGAUCACAUGAAAGAAGAGAAAAAAUCCCUUGAAAUGAAGCUUGUGAAACUCAAAGAGGCAAUGCAUAGGCUUGAUGCUGAGAUAGAAAACCUGAAAGCGAAUGCUGAGAGGCAUGAGUUUAUAUUUCAGGAGGAGGUUAAUGCUGCAUGGUGAUCUUUACCUGCGAGACAGAUGAUGUCCACUUAAUGUAAUAUAUCUAUAUUCCCUCAUCCAUGGCAUGUUUGGGUCAUCAAGACUAUAUCUGAUCAUGUAACUUUUAGAGGCAAAAUGUUGUAGAAAUAUCUCAAGUUCUAUUUGCAUAUGACGAGACUUAGUAUUGAAAAA